GCCGAUCGCCGGUGCACGUGAAAUAAGACAAUAUCUGCUUGUAUACGACGUGAUCUAACCGGAUCUUUGCGCACUUACGCGGAGGAAAAAGCGGCUCCACUUUCCCAUCUAGUCUGCUAUUGACCGGCGGAGAUCCAGAGUUUGAACAGACCUCGGACGAAAAUGGACGGGAAAAUCUGUUACGUCAUAUUGAUUAUUUCAUUGUGGGCCAGUGUACAUCUGGGAAUGACUGCCCCUAAUUGGUCGAAAGAUUUAAGUGAAAGUUUGGAGUCAUUGAAUCAUAAUCUCCAUGAAUAUAUAACUAAACUAACCCAAGAUAUGAAUGAAAAUAUACAGAAUGUACUGGCAGAAGUCAAUAAAACAAUUGAGAAUCUAUCAACAGAAGAACACCAAGUAAUAACAAGUGGCGGCGCCAACGGCCUAAUUGUCCAGCCUGUAAAUGGUGUGACAAAGAUAAUUAUGAGCUAUAGGACACCAGAUGGAAAACAACACUACACUGUUGUUGAAGAACUAAUCGAUGGAAAAUAUCGGUAUCACGACGAAACUGUUUACAAUCCAAAUACUAACACUACCGAAAAGAUUCGCUGGAAAGAAAACCUCUCAACUGGUCAUCGUGAAUAUCUCUCGAAUGAGAAAUAAAACAAUGUUUUUAUUUUCAAGUUCUAUUUUAUAAUAUACCUACAAUUUACUUUACUUGACUCUUUAUUGCACAAAUUUUUCUGUUGAACGUAUUUGGCUGAAUUUUAGUAUACGGACAUUUUUGGAGUUGCUGAUUACAAAUCUUAAGGGGUAAUGGCACCUUGUGUGCCGAAAAAGUAGGGUCAUUUUUCGGAAUUUAUUAUGAAAGAAUGAAAAGAUUUAUUAAAAAGCGGCUUGGUGCAUAUAAAAGUACAUAUCUUUAACUACAUAAAAAAAUUUUUUUCAGAUUUUUUAAAAACAAAAUGGCGGCGUAUCAGCUUUCGCAGUAGGGCACUUGACUUUCCGCUGACCGCAUCGGGCGUACCGCUACAGGUCGCAAUUUUGCACCUAGAAUAAAAACCAACAUUUUUUCUUAAAAUAUAGCCCAAAAUCUAGUGCACAUCGUAGGAUUUUGCCGAAAAAUUGUUUUCAAAAGAAAUGGCAUCAAUUUGUAUUUUUGUUGUAUUUUUUAUCAAAAAAAUCGCUCGAAAGUUGGCUGUAGAAUCGUCAAAUUUUAAUUUUUAGAAAAAAUUCUACGAUGUACACUAGAAAAACAUGUUUUGAAGCUACAGUUAAAAUUUCAAGUCAAUCGGAUAAAAAUUGUAGACGCUAGAGGUACGCCCGUCUUGAAAAACAUGGUUUCGAGAAAAACGCGUUUAAAGUUUAAAGUAGUAGAAUUUCAAUGAAAUUUGUAUUUUACCUUUAAUCUGCGAUGCCUGCUCCAUACAACUGGCCUUCCAAAUGAAGAUUGUCUUCGUCUUCAUAAUAGAUACAACCGAUAUAUAAAAGAAUAUAGAUCACAACUGUACCGAUCUCGAGUGCACUGAAAAUACCUACAAUUCGGCUCUACGACUAUGCUCGGAAAAUCGAGUUUCGAACCCUUUACAUUAUUUCCCCCCCUAUAAUCAUGUUUGCAUAUCAUUCUUGGAUAGUUUAGGGAGUGUUUAAGUCAAUAAAAAAAAAUUGGAAAAAAAAAUUUACAAGGUGCCAUUACCCCUUAAUCAUGUCUGAUCACAAAUCUGAACGUCAUAUAAACAUACGUUACAUAAUUUGCUGAAAUGACUGGAAUUUAGUCAAAACGUCCGAAAAGGAAAUAAUAUUGUAUUGCUUUAUAUGUAUAAUUAUUGAAUAUAUAAUGUUAGCACAUCAUUAACCGUA